CCCAGACGUGUCGACCUGUCGUCAUGGUCACGCUUCCACGUGAACGAACGGCUGACGCUAACGAGGCAUGACACGUGGUUAGAACGGGCUGGCCCGAAGAAUUCUCAGCUCAAGCUUAAAAGAAGAAUCCAGAAGGCGCCGCGACCCAGAAGAACCUGUGGAGAGGCCGCGAGCCGCCGCAGACAGGCCACCGCAAUGCCGAAGAAGAUGGGCGUCAACACCAAGGCGGAGGCGGCCCGCGCGCGGCGCAGCGCGGCAGAGGCGGAGCGCCGCGACCGGGAGGCGCGCGCCCAGGAGGAGGCCUAUUGGCAGGCGGCCGAGGGCCCCAAGUCGCGCUCGGUGCGCCGCCGCGAGGAGGACGCCGAGAACCGCGCCGAGGCGGCCGCCCGCCGCGCCGAGAACCGCCGCCUCGCCGAGCUCGAGCAGCAGCAGCUCGCCGCCGCGGCGCGGCGCCCCGACCGCAAGGCCGCGCGCGUGGGCGGGCCCGCCGUGCCCAAGGUCACCGAGGCCGAGCUGGCGCGCCGCCGCGAGGAGGAGCGGCUCCGCCUGCAGCGGGAGGCGGAGGCCGCCAAGAAGCGGCAGGCGCGCACCGCCGACGAGGAGGAGUACGAGCGCGUCGUGCUCGUCGCCAACACCAACAGGGACGACUCGGUCAUCGAGGCACGAUCCGUGGAGGACGCGAUUGCCAAGAUGACAAUCGCUGCCGAGCCCGCGCUCCCGCCGGAUCGCCACCCCGAGCGCCGCCUCAAGGUCUCGUACAAGGCAUUUGAAGAAGCAGAGGUUGCGAAGCUCAAGGAAGAGAAACCUGGUCUGACUCUGCAUCAGUACAAAGACAUCAUAUGGAAGCUGUGGAAGAAAUCCCCAGACAAUCCACUGAAUCAGGUGCAAGCAUUAACCCAGUUUUUUCCUCCCUAGAUCUCUAUCAACUGAAGGUCACCACCAUUUCAUAACGAUUUAAGAAGCGCUUUCGCACUUAUUUGAGCCUGAAAUUGUUGGCUUGAAACUGUACCUUUCACCGGAUCGGUGUCGCCGGAGGAGUGAAAAAAUCGGCCGUAGUUGGCAAAUGGCGACUUGGCAUGGCCGUGGCCGUGGCCGUGGCCGUGGCCGUGGCCGUUGUCACAUAAUGUAACCGCAAAGUAUACUUUAGUCCGGUAAAGUAUACUUUAACCGCAAAGGUUGCUGAUUCAUUUCCUAUUUGAAAAAAUCGGCCGUAGUUGUCUAUCUCAAAGAAGCAUUUUGUUUCCUUUAGUCCGGUAAAGUAUACUUUAGAGGCGAAACUCCUUUUAUUUAUGCAAAUAGGAGUUCUGUAAACAAGAGAGAUAGACAUCAGAUGUGCAAGGAUGGAUAUUCAACGAGAGAUGAUUUCUAUAUGUGCAAAAAAAGAUGAUUUAUCAUUUAUUCGUUAAUGGAAUAAACAUGUAUCAUUGUUGUA